CGGGGCCGGCGCGGGGAAAGUUGCGGCGAGCCCCGGGCGGCGGCAGAGCCGGAGCGGCGACGGAACCGGCACCGGCACCGGGACCGGGGGACGGUAGCACCGACAGUACCGGCAGCACCGGGGCACGGCGGCACCGGCAGCACCGACAGUAGCGGCAGCACCGGCGCUUCCCGGCCGAGCAUCCCCGGGGGCCAUGGAGCCGCCGCGGAGCCUCCCGGGGCUGGAGCCCGACCGCGACGCGCUGGACCCGGCCGGCGUCUGCCCGUCCCCGCUGGAGAUCAAGUCCGCCCCCAGCAAGAAGAUCUGGGUCAAGCUCCGGGCGCUGCUGCGGUACAUGGUGAAGCAGCUGGAGACGGGCGAGGUGAACGUGGAGGAGCUGAAGAGGAACCUGGAAUACGCCGCCUCGCUGCUGGAGGCCGUCUACAUCGACGAGACGAGGCAGAUGCUGGACACGGAGGACGAGCUGCGGGAGAUGGGCUCGGACGCGGCGGUGCCCUCGGAAGUGCGGGACUGGCUGGCGGCCACCUUCACCCAGCAGGCGCGAGCCAAAGGGCGGCGGGCGGAGGAGAAGCCCAAGUUCCGCAGCAUCGUUCACGCCGUCCAGGCCGGCAUCUUCGUGGAGAGGAUGUUCCGCCGGACGUACACGGCCGUGGGGCCCAGCUACUCCACCUCCGUCCUGAACUGCCUGAAGAGCCUGGACCUGUGGUGCUUCGACGUCUUCGCGCUGAACCGGGUGACGGAGGAUCACUCCCUGCGGACCAUCGUCUUCGAGCUCUUCACCCGACACAACCUCAACAGCCGCUUCAAGAUCCCCUCCGUCUUCCUGACCACGCUGCUGGACGCGCUGGAGGCCGGUUACGGCAAGUACCGCAACCCCUACCACAACCAGGUCCACGCCGCCGACGUCACCCAGACCGUCCAUUGCUUCUUGCUCCGCACCGGCAUGUUGCACUACCUGACGGAGAUUGAGGUCCUGGCCAUCAUCUUCGCUGCCGCCAUCCACGACUACGAGCACACGGGCACCACCAACAGCUUCCACAUCCAGACCAAGUCGGACUGUGCCAUCCUCUACAACGACCGCUCGGUGCUGGAGAACCACCACAUCAGCGCUGUCUUCCGCAUGAUGCAGGACGACGAGAUGAACAUCUUCGUCAACCUCACCAAGGACGAGUUUGCGGAGCUGCGGGCUCUGGUCAUCGAGAUGGUCCUGGCCACCGACAUGUCCUGCCACUUCCAGCAGGUGAAGUCCAUGAAGACGUCCCUGCAGCAGCUGGAGAGGAUCGAUAAGUCCAAGGUGCUGUCGCUGCUGCUGCACGCGGCCGACAUCAGCCACCCCACCAAGCAGUGGUCGGUCCACAGCCGCUGGACCAAAGCCCUGAUGGAGGAGUUCUUCAGGCAGGGGGACAAGGAAGCUGAGCUGGGGCUGCCCUUCUCGCCCCUCUGCGACCGCACCUCCACGCUGGUGGCCCAGUCCCAGAUCGGCUUCAUCGACUUCAUCGUGGAGCCCACCUUCUCGGUGCUGACCGACGUGGCCGAGAAGAUGGUGCUGCCCCCCGCCGAGGACCGCACCAAAGCCAAGGGCAACCCAGCGGCCAGCCAGCAGGCCAGCUCGCAGUGGCGGCAGACGUCCCUGGAUGAGCACCUGGAGCUGGGGGACGUCAAAGCCGACCUGGCCGGCUUCCGCUCCACCUGGGCCAAGUACAUCCAGGAGAACAAGCAGAAGUGGAAGGAGCGGGCGGCCAGUGGCAUCACCAACCAGGCGUCCAUCGAGGAGCUGUCGCCCUGCGAGGAGCAGCCGCCCGCCGCCCCCGGCCGGCACAAGCAGAACGGGGACGUGGAAUAGCACCGGGAGGAGCGAGGUCCUCGUCCGGCCGAGUGAUGCCGUCUCGCCCAAAGUCUUCGACGCCAUCGAGUUCAGCACCAUUUGCAGGGAAGGAGCCGCCCGGGGCCGCACAAGGAUUCGUGCCAACCUCCGCGCCGGGGGCACCCCCGGGGCC